CUCCAAGCCAAAGGAUAUACAGAAGCACCAGCAGCUCACUGGUGCUGAGGAGAUUGGUUUUUAAUUUUCCCCCCAAAUUUGGUGUCGGUUUUGCCCGAGGAAGAUGGACAUCCGCGUCGCCAGCAUCGUCCUCCUCAUGGCCGCCCUGGUCGCAGGCCACGGCAAGAGCUACGUGGUCAAGAAAGUGGUGAAGGCCGCCCCCCAGUACGAGCCUUACCAUGUCAAGGGCCAGGUGGUGGCAGGUGAGCCUGGUAUUCCAGGUGAGCCUGGCCCCGUUGGCCCUCCCGGCCCCCCUGGCCCUGCAGGUCAGAGCGGCGUCGGCCAUCCAGGACCUCAUGGGCCUCCCGGACCUCCCGGAUCUCCCGGUCGUUCCAUCACUGGCAAAUCCGGAACCCCCGGCGGACCCGGCAAACCCGGUAUCCCCGGAGCAACUGGUGAGAAAGGACACACCGGUGCCACCGGAGCUCAGGGACCCAGGGGUGCUCCCGGUUCUCCUGGAGGCCCCGGACCCGCCGGCCUCUCCUCUACUGGCAAGCCCGGACCCUCUGGUCUUCCUGGAGCAAUGGGACCAAGAGGAGAGUCUGGUCUGAAAGGACAUCCCGGUGUACCUGGCCUCCCAGGUUCCAAGGGUGAUAGAGGUGUAGGAAUUCAAGGACCCCACGGUGCCACAGGGCCAAUGGGACCAAUGGGAUCAACUGGAGCUCCAGGUCAGCCUGGAGUUGGCAAGCCAGGAAAGUCAGGUAUGCCCGGUGAGCCAGGAAAGUCAGGUAGCCCAGGUAGAGAUGGUGCCCCUGGUUCCAUGGGACCACAGGGACCCAAGGGACACACUGGUGCCCCCGGAGUAGGUUCUGCUGGCAAACCCGGUGAUAACGGUGCCCCAGGCCUGCCUGGCCCAGCUGGACAAAAAGGCAACCAAGGACCUGCUGGAGCCACUGGAGCCCCAGGAGUCCCAGGAUACGGAAAGCCAGGUGCUAAUGGAGAGAAGGGAGAGAGAGGCUUUACUGGCAGCCCAGGGGCCACUGGUCCCAAGGGUGAGCAAGGUCCUACCGGAUAUACCGGUGCCACUGGUGCCACUGGAGCUACUGGUCCUAUGGGCCCAGCGGGCGUAAGAGGUUUCCCAGGUGAGUCUGGUGCUGCUGGUCCCAAGGGUGACACCGGUGCCACCGGAGCUCCAGGAGCCAAGGGCAACAAGGGAGAGAUGGGACCACAAGGUUUCCAAGGCAAACAGGGUUACACCGGCCCAGCUGGUCCUGCUGGAGCCAGAGGAGCCACUGGAGCCACUGGUGAGAAGGGUCCCGUUGGUGCCCACGGUACCCCAGGGGCCCCAGGUAUUCCUGGUCCUGCUGGACCCAAAGGUCUCCCUGGCCGCGCUGGUGAGCCCGGUGCUUCUGGUGCUGACGGCAGCACUGGAUCCCGUGGACCUUCUGGACCUCAGGGUCCCGCCGGUGCUCCCGGCCACAAGGGACACCCAGGUCUCCCUGGAGCUCCUGGCCCCGCUGGCAUCGCCGCUAAAGGCGUCUCCGGACCUCAGGGUGCCCCCGGUCUGCCUGGCGAGAGCGGUGCUGACGGAGAGCCCGGUCCCGCCGGCCCUCCCGGCCUCCCAGGACCACCCGGUGAGGUGAUCUUUGAGAAAGGUAUGGGACUGGGAAUGACCGAGGUGAUGGUCAAGGCCCCCAUGUCUGCUUUCACAGCAGCUCUAACCACUCCCUACCCGGCCUCCGGCAGCCCCAUCAAGUUCGACCACAUCGUGUACAAUGCCGAGAACCACUACGACCCCGAUUCCGGCAUCUUCACAUGCCAGAUCCCAGGAGUUUAUUACUUCUCCUACAGCAUCCACGUGAACGGCGCCCAUGCCCUGGUGGCCCUCUACAAGAACGACCAGCCCGUCAUGUUCUCUUACGACGAGUACAAUAAGGGCUUCCUUGACCAGAUGUCCGGUAGCGCCGUGCUCCUGCUGAAUGAGCAGGACACCGUGUACGUGCAGAUCCCCGACGAGGAGGCCAACGGAGUCUUCGCCGCCGAGAACGUGCACUGCUCCUUCUCUGGCUUCCUGAUCGCCUCAACGUGAUAGGUCGGUCCCCGAGAUGCGAAACCCAACAGCCAACCAACUAAAUGUGCUCUCUAUUGCUCCAACCAAGAGUCAACCUAACUGUUGACUCCUGUCUUUGAGGAAUAGAAGCAUGUCGACUUGAAAACUACAACAACAACUAGGUGCUUCGAAGAAGGAAAAAAUCUAAUUUAUGUAAACAGGAGAUCAGGGAUGGGAAAAGCAAUUCAUAACAUGACCCGCAGGUUGCUUUUCGGAAUGGAGACAGCAUGGGAAC